AUGCUGCAAACCCAAGAACGUGACGAAGAUGUACGCCAAAUCGCGACAGUGAUUGACCCUGAGGCCCUGGUUGACUCUGUGCAGGAGAACGUGGGGUCGAGCGCCCACGCCCUCUCAGAUCGGAUUAUCCAGGAAGUCUGCAACUCGAUUUCGACCCCAGCACCCAAGUUCAAGUUGGCCCAGACAUCCAAUUCGCCCGCUGUUGCUGCAGAAACCGUUCGCCGGCUCCUGAGUCUCGACGGCAAGCCUGAGCUCAAUCUUGCCUCCUUUGUCUCCACAUACGUGGAUAAGGAGGGAUUGGAGCUGUGCAAAGAGAAUAUCACAAAGAAUCUCGCCGAUGGCGACGAGUACCCCGCACUGAUGACCAUCCAGAAGCGCUGCGUCUCUAUUCUCUCUCAUUUGUGGAAUACUCAAGACGGCGAGACCGGCGUGGGCACUGCUACCACCGGUUCUUCUGAGGCUAUCCAUUUGGGUGGCUUGGCCAUGAAGCGUCGUUGGGAGGCCCGCCAGAGAGCCAAUGGCCGUCCCACUGAUAAGCCCAACAUCAUUAUGGGUGCCAAUGCCCAGGUCGCGUUGGAGAAGUUCGCCCGCUACUUUGAUGUCGAAAACAGGUUCCUCGACGUGCAUGCUGGUUCCGAUUUUGGUUUUGACAACGAGGAUCUCAAGAAAAACGUUGACGAGAACACAAUUGGUGUGUUUGUUAUCAUGGGCUCUACCUACACUGGCCACUACCAAAAUGUCAAGGCGGUCGCCAAGGCUUUGGACGAAGUGGAAAAGGAGAAGGGCUGGGACAUUCCAAUCCACGUCGAUGGUGCUUCUGGUGCUUUUGUUGCUCCUUUUGUCACACCUGAGCUGGAAUGGGACUUCAGAGUGCCCCGCGUCAAGUCCAUCAACACUUCAGGCCACAAAUUCGGCCUCACACCCGCUGGUUGCGGUUGGAUCAUUUGGCGUGAUCGCAAGUUCCUUCCUGAUGAGCUGCUCUUCACCCUCAACUACCUGGGUGGAAGCGAAGAAACCUAUACUUUGAAUUUCUCUCGUCCUGGCCAUCCGAUUAUCUAUCAAUACUAUGAAAUGAUCAAGAAUGGUCACGCAGGAUACAAAGCGUUGCACUCAAUGGCGCUCAAGAAUGCCCGCAUUCUGUCUAUUUUCCUCGAGCGAACCGGAUACUUUGACGUACUUUCUGACAUCCACCGCCCCGCCGGCAAGAAGUUCGUCGACAAGUUCCCUCCUCCCAGCAGCUUUAAUCCCAAGCUUCCUGAGAGCUAUUACAACCCUGGCUUGCCUGUUGUAUCUUUCGGCUUCAGCGACGAUUUCCGCAAGCAGCAUCCCGGCCUCCCUCAAGAGUCUAUUUCAGCUCUUAUGCGUUCUCGCGGAUACAUCAUCCCGAACUACCCCAUGCCUGCUGCGGAGGAAAAGCACGAGGUUUUGCGAGUCGUUGUCAAUGCAUAUCUUACCGUUGACUUUGUUGACAAGCUCAUGGAGGAUCUGAUCAAGGCUGUGAACAGAUUGUUGCAGAUGGAGAAGAGCCUUGGAGGCAGAGCAACUAGUGAUGUUGUCUACACUGCUUUGGCUGCAGUUUCUGCCACCGAUCAUGACGAAACCGACCAUGAGACGAGCUGGAAAGAGCGUACUGGUCACAAGAAACACCACCACUCGCGUUGUUAA